UGAACGUGGCAGCCAUUUUACAUCCUCAAGAGUGAAUGAGUGGAGCCGGACCAGUGCCGGGAGUUUUACACUUUUUCCUCUUUUAAUUCUCACAUUUUCCUUCCGAAAUAAUCAACACCAUACAAGUUGGUGAUCCAUCGGCAGAUUUCUGGAGACAUGGCCACAGAACAUAUUAAUGGAAAUGGUCCAGAAGAACCAAUGGAUACCACUGCUGCAGUUACCCAUUCUGAAAACUUCCAGACUUUAUUAGAAGCUGGUUUACCACAGAAAGUUGCUGAAAAACUAGAUGAAAUUUACAUAGCAGGUUUAGUAUCUCACAGUGACUUAGAUGAUAGAGCGAUCGAGGCUCUGAAAGAGUUCAACGAAGAAGGUGCUCUGCAAGUUCUGUUGCAGUUCAAGGACAGCGACCUCUCACAUGUCCAGAACAAAAGUGCCUUUCUUUGUGGAGUUAUGAAGACAUACAGACAGAGGGAGAAACAGGGGACCAAAGUCUCAGACUCCAACAAAGGACCAGAUGAGGCCAAAAUCAAAGCCCUACUGGAGAGAACUGGCUACACGCUUGACGUGACAACAGGUCAGCGGAAGUAUGGAGGCCCCCCUCCGGAGUCGGCUCACUCAGGGGCGCAGCCCACGAUCGGUACAGAGAUUUUUGUUGGCAAGAUCCCCAGAGAUCUAUUUGAGGAUGAGCUGGUCCCUCUGUUUGAGAAAGCUGGGCCCAUUUGGGACCUGCGUCUGAUGAUGGACCCCCUCAGUGGCCUCAACAGAGGUUACGCCUUUGUCACUUUCUGCACUAAAGAGGCGGCGCAGGAGGCUGUCAAGCUGUGUAACAACAAUGAAAUUAGACCCGGCAAACACAUUGGCGUGUGCAUCUCCGUGGCCAAUAAUAGACUGUUCGUUGGUUCCAUCCCCAAGAGUAAAACAAAAGAUCAGAUUGUGGAAGAGUUUGCUAAAGUCACAGAGGGUCUUAACGAUGUCAUACUGUACCAUCAGCCAGAUGACAAGAAAAAGAACAGAGGCUUUUGCUUCUUGGAAUACGAAGACCACAAAACUGCGGCUCAGGCCCGCCGCAGGCUGAUGAGUGGCAAGGUCAAGGUGUGGGGGAACGUGGUGACGGUGGAGUGGGCCGACCCCAUAGAAGAUCCUGAUCCUGAAGUCAUGGCCAAGGUGAAAGUGCUGUUUGUCCGGAACCUUGCAAGUACUGUAACGGAGGAAAUACUUGAAAAGGCCUUCAGUCAGUUUGGCAAGUUGGAGCGGGUGAAGAAGCUGAAAGACUAUGCCUUUAUCCACUUUGAGGAGAGAGACGGAGCAGUCAAGGCCUUGGCCGACCUGAAUGGGAAAGACCUGGAGGGAGAGCACAUUGAAAUAGUCUUUGCCAAGCCACCUGAUCAGAAGAGGAAAGAACGCAAAGCACAGAGGCAAGCGGCUAAAACACAAAUGUAUGAUGAUUACUAUUACUACGGCCCACCCCAGAUGCCACCUCCCACAAGAGGCAGAGGACGAGGUGGUGGCCGUGGAGGCUAUUCCUACCCCCCUGACUACUAUGGCUAUGAGGAUUACUACGAUUACUAUGGCUACGACUACCACAACUACCGGGGCGGCUAUGAGGAUCCCUACUACGGCUAUGAGGACUUCCAAUCUCCCGGCCGAGGACGAGCCAGAGGCGGAGCCCGUGGUGGUGCCCUAUCCUCCCGGGGCCGUGGAGCGGUCACGCCCAGGGGCAGACUAGGGGGUUUCUCCCAGCGAGGAGGAAGUGGCCCUGGAUCAAGCAGAGGGAAAAGGGCUCGAGGCCGGUCCUGACCUGUCACUAUGAAGACUGACCUACUGUGUUGGGUUACACCGGAAGCGGCAACGGAUACAGAUGGAAAAGUCAGCGAAAUGGUCCAAUAUUCCAGCCUUACAGAAGCAUCUCCCCCAAACUGCCACCUAAACAAUCACCAGAUUAUUUAGAUAAACUCGUCACCCCUGUAUGCGCCCCCCUCCCCCUUACACCCAGUGUAUU